UCCCACCUCUAGUGAGUCGAUCUGCACAGGGCUGUGUGUUGGUAUAAGUGUGAGUGUGUGGGUGUGAGUGAGUGUGUGUUAGUGUAUGGGUGAGUGUGUGUUGUGGGUGUGAGUGUGUGGUUAUAAAAACUCUUCCUGGUUCACUUCUUAUCUUCGUCUUUACUUUGACUUUAUCCCCCUGCUCCUCCAUGUUGAAACCUCGUCAUGUUAACUUGUUAACCGGUUAGUAGCCUGAGGGCUCAGCCUGCUGCUAGUUAACCAACAGUAACUCAUCGCUGAGUUAGCCGUUGCGUCUUAGCGGUGGCUCUCCUGCCUCUAACAGGAUGUUUGCAUCCUGCUGUAACUGGCUCUGCAUGGACUCCACUGACGUGGACGCGUCACAAGACAGAAGACAUCAGUCCUACACCAACUCGGCCUUCAGCUCCCAGCCGUCUCCUCCUCCGCCUGAACACACCUGUAAGGCCUGUGGUGGCGCCUUCGACACAAACGCCAGGAAGCAUGUGUGUGUGGACUGUAAGAAGAACUACUGCAGCCAUUGCUCCGCCCAGCAGGGGCUCCGGCCCCGCCUCUGUCACACCUGUCAGCGUUUCUAUGGGAACCUGCUGGAGCGGGCGGAGCUGAUGAAGCUGAAGGUGAAGGAGCUGAGGGACUACCUGCACCUGCAUGAGGUCUCCACUCACCUGUGCAGAGAGAAGGAGGAGCUGGUGGAGCUGGUCCUGAGUCAGCAGUCGUCACCGUCCGGUAGCUCCGCCCCCGACAUCCAGAUACCUGACCUUCCCACCGUGACCUCUGACCCUGAUGACCAGGCGCCUCGGAUCUCGGUCUCUGACACGUCUUCUGAUGGAUCGAGCCCUUCCCCGCCCACUCCAGAGCCUGAAGCUCCGCCCCUAACUUCAGACACCGCCCAGUCUGACCCUGAGCUGGAGGAGGACGACCCGGCCUGGGAUGCGGAGGAGGCCCCCGUCUCCGGGCGCAGGGCCUCGCUGUCGGACCUGAACAGCGUUGACGACAUCGAGGAGCUCAGCGUCCGGCAGCUGAAGGAGAUUCUGGCCCGGAACUUUGUGGACUACAAAGGCUGCUGUGAGAAGUGGGAGCUGAUGGAGAGGGUGACCCGGCUGUACCAGGACCAGCAGAACCUGCUGGCGGCCAACUUUGUGAAUGCUACAGGUGGCGGCGGCGGGCCGGCGCCGGGCGUGGAGGAGAACCUCUGUAAGAUCUGCAUGGACUCUCCCAUCGACUGCGUCCUGCUGGAGUGCGGUCACAUGGUCACCUGCACCAAGUGCGGGAAGCGGAUGAGCGAGUGUCCCAUCUGCCGGCAGUAUGUCAUCCGGGCCGUGCACGUCUUCCGGUCCUGAACCGGUACCGGUCUUCAUCUCUUCCUCUGCAGAACCCAGCGCCUUUUAAAACAAUAAAUCAGAGCCAGUUCCUCCCGAAGAGAUUCAUAAUUUCAUCCUCUUUCCUCUGCUACGAUUGAAGAUGUCGGUACGACUGUGACUCCGUCAGAUCGGACCUCCAGGCUGUGGCGCUGCUGUGGUAGCCCAAAUGGACCCGAACCCGUUUGCAGGAUCAGGAGCAGGGCUCCUAAAGCUGCUCGGACUCUUCAUUUUGCCUUAACCUGAAUAUAGACUGAGCAGGUGGUCUCUGCCGGGUUCUGGAGUCGUUCAGGUUACUUUAACGGUCAGAACACCGUUUAGUUUCCAUGUUUCUGGGUUCUUCUGCCUUCCAAGUGCCUUUUUAGGGAAGCGUCUCUACAUUCCAGCUUUAACUGUGCUGUUCGGAGAAGGCCCAUUUAGCUGCUUUGUUUUGGUAUCACUGGGGGUCGGUUAGCCUUUGUUACCAUUACUUUUCCUACACCUCCAUGAGUGUAAGAGUUAUUAGUGAUUCAUUGAGAGCUUAUCUAAAUACCCAAAAAGACGCCAUAGAGCUUUAGGUAAACCCCCCUUUAAAAACGGUCACAAAUAGUUGGACAAUACCUGAAUGCUUCAGGAUUUUCUUCCAUUUUCUAGUUCUUCUUCAAUCGCAGUUUAAAAUGGAGAAUUCUUUUUUUUCAUUUUUUUGUUGCAGGAAGUUCAUAUUCUGGGAAAUUUUCAGAAACUUUUCUGAUUUGAACUUUUUUUAAUCAUAUUUCUCCCAACAGUUUUACUGUCCAAUCAGAGCCCAGAGUGUAGACACGGCUAGCCUCAUUCACAGCCAGGAGUUUUUUUCUCCUUGGUGCUCAGAAUAUGUCCCAUAUAAGGUUCUGACAUUUGGAUCCGAAUUACUCUGAUACUCCUGGAGCUUCUCACACACUGACAGCUUCAACUCUAGUUUCUCUGUGAUGAAAAGAGUGGUGCUGUGGGCUUCUCUUCCACACUGGUGCCUAGGGUAGGAGGAAAUCGCCAUGGCAACCAUUCUCUGCUCCUAAAAGUCUCUUCUGUAAUAAAAGGACUGGAACCAGCUGGAUACCAGGUGCGCUGUGUAGCCCUGCCCCCAGCUUCAGAUGACUGGUUCAGCUACAGGAUGAAAGGCUGCUUUUCACAUUUUAAGCUCAUGUUUUUAGUUGGAGGAAAAUCCAAAGCAGGGUCUAAGUCUUUUAUGUAUUUAUAAUUAAUAAAUUAGAUUUAAUGUAUUUUUUCUGGAGAUACAGUGAAGUGUCCUACGUCUAGAGUCUAACCUCUUACAACUGAUAGGGAAUUAUUGGGGAGAAAGGGAAAAACGACAGCUGGUCAGCAGAGAACAGGAUCACUGCACGGCCAGCAGGGGGCAGCAGAGGCUGCCGAGCCUGUGGGCAGAGAUUAUGACAGGAGUUCAAAGGGAAUAAAGUGAUGAUUUCUGGGAAGGUUGAGGCUGUGUUCUGUCAGAUCAGCAUACUCCAUCAGACCAGCAUACCCAUAGUUGAUACAUAUGUGCAAGACGUCAGUCAGAU